CACACACUCUUGGAGUAGCAGCAGCGCCUAGCCUAGCUAGUAGCUAUAGUAGAAGACGAGAGAGAUGGCUGCUGCUGUCAUGGCCAUUGGCCUGCUGUUGGCCGGCGCCGUCGUCGGCGCAGUAGUGCCGCCUCAUCAUGAUCAUCUUCAGCUGGUGAUUGACACUGACGGUGGUUUGUCGCUGGACUUCCACGCGGCGUCGUGCCCGCAGCUGGAGGGCAUCGUGCGCGCCGCCGUGCAGGCCGAGCGAGGCCAGGACGUCCAAGUCACCGCCGGCCUCCUCCGCAUCUUCUUCCAUGACUGCCUCCCGCAGGGGUGCGACGCGUCCAUCCUUCUGGACGGCGAGAAGGCCUUUGGUCCCAAUGCUUCUCUACAGCCACGGGCGCUGCAGCUCAUCGAGAGCAUCCGCGCCAAGGUGCACGCCGUGUGCGGCGCCACGGUCUCCUGCGCCGACAUCAUCGCGCUCGCCACCCGCGACGCCGUCAGCCUGGCCGGAGGACCGUCCAUCGCGAUGCCCCAGGGCCGCACCGACAGCCUCAGGCCGGCCACCAACGCCGAGGUAAACACCCUCCCGUCGCCCUUCUCCGACGUGAGCACGCUCCUCGGCACCUUCAGCCGCAGGGGCCUCGCCGACCCCGCCGACCUCGUCGCGCUCUCCGGCGGCCACACCGUGGGGAAGGCCAGCUGCGGCUUCAUCAGGGGGAACGACGACUUCUCCCGGAGGCUCGCCGCGAACUGCUCCGCCGGUCGCACCGGGAAGCAGAGCCUGGACGUCAUCACGCCCGACGCCUUCGACAACAGGUACUUCGUCGCGCUGAGGAGCACCCAGGGGGUACUGCUCUCUGACCAGGGCCUCGCCGGCGACCGGCGCACGGCCCGCUUCGUCACCGCCUUCGCCAGCAACCAGGCCGCCUUCUUCAACCAGUUCGCCAAGUCCAUGGUCAAGCUGGGCAGCAUCAAGGCAACCGCCGCCGGCGAGAUACGCCGCAACUGCUUCAGGCCUAACGGCCGCGUCAGCUUCGACGACGUCAGUGCUCUCACUCUCACCGGUGAUGAUGCCGCCGCCGUCGCUACCAGCGACGAGGGCUUUGCAGCCUCUGCUUAAUGAUAAGACAUGCAUGCAUGGUCUGGCAUCCAUGUACUACGUUCUUAAUUAUUUCAUGCUAAGUUUGCUUUCCGUGAGCCAUCAGUAAGGUAGAAGGUAGCUGAAUCGAUGGAUGGACGAGAUCGGUACUGUAAUAAUGCCAGUGCAGUGUUAGCACUCGGCAGGUUGUAGCAUGCAUGAUGUACUCCAAUAUGCAUGCAUACGUGUUUUAACGCUAGUAGUUUGAUGGAUCAUCGAUCAUGUGAAUGCAUGCCCAGCCAGACCAGAUGCUUCAUGCAUGCAUCACGUUAUUAUUAUAAAUAA